AGCUGCACGAACGAGGCAAGCAAGCGGCAAGGAGGCGUGCUAAACCGCAAGAAAAACAUCUACAACGCCUCCUUCCGACUCUCCUCUCAGCUCAGCCAUUUCGUAACUUUUUUUUUUUUUAAACUUAUGUACUUUUAGGCCAACGUUUAGCAGGAUGGCGAGCGUCCAGGCGUCCACGAGACAGCUGGAGAGGAGCACCCACACCGCCUUCAUUGACGGCGACAACACGCUGUACGUGUGGGGGGGCUUCCAGGCCGGCGGCGGCGAGGACGUCGUGCUGCCCAGCGACGAGAUCUGGCUUUGCGACUUAGACAGCGGCACAUGGCAGCGGCGGGAGAUGGCGGGGGAAACGCCCCCUCUCCUGGUGGGCUUCUGCGGCUCCUACGUCAACGGCUCGCUUUACGUCUUUGCGGGUUACGACGGACAAACGUACAGCAACCAAUUGUUCAGCGUGGACCUCACGCAGCAUUGCUACAUGUGGAAGAAGGUGCUGGCCGCCAAAGGAACGACACCCUCGCCGAGGAGCAACCACACCUGCUGGGUUUACGGGGACAGGUUGGUCUACUUUGGAGGCUAUGGAUGCAAGACCCUGCGAGAGGCGAGAAACAUGGAGUCGUCAAACUUCAUCAUUAGAGAGAUGACCUGGCUCACCAUCGGCGACGCGGUGCUUCGCUGCUGGGGCUGGCACAACGAAGUCGACGUGUACGACGCGCUGGGCAGCACCUGGAGCGUUCCUGAGAUGAAGGGUACGCCGCCGCUGCCCCGAGACUGCCACGCCAGCGCGGUGGUGAGCAACAAAGGUUACAUCUGUGGCGGCAGGGAAAGUGGCGAGUUGGACAUCUACUGUUUGGACCUGGACGUGUGGAACUGGACUCAAAUCGAGGCCUUAUCAUCCGUCGCGCCGCCGGGCCGCUCCAUGCACACCAUGACGCUCACUGCGGAUCAGAAUCUCUUCGUAUUCGGCGGUCUGGCCGUAGACGGGGAAACGCUCAGUGACGCCUGGCAGUUCGAUACGCUGGCGCGAGAGUGGCGCGAGAUAACGCACCCGCACAGGGACAAGCCCAGGGUGUGUCACACUGCUUGUCUGGGGAGUGACAAUGAUGUCGUCGUAUUCGGGGGGAGCAGCAACUUGUCCAUUGCAAUGGAUUCGGUAUACACGGGUACACUGUGUAUACUCUCCAUUUGUCGUUGCCAGAUCACCGUGCUGAGGUGUCCGUCGCAGACUCACAACGGCGACGUGUUGAUCAUCCAGACGGAGCCGUACCCCCUCUCCAGGUUGUGCGAGGACUUCCUAGGAAGCAACGCCAAGGUGUUCUCACAACACCUUGUUAGGCUGCCAGCGACGCUGCGUGCCAAAAUCAACAAGCGAAUCUCCUUCUUCUCAAAGUCACUUGUGGUCACUUGAAGAGCAGCAAUGCUGUUUUUUUUAAUUUUAUGCCACGAGUCAGUUGCUAACUUUACUGUUCGUUCGAAAACGGCAGUCCUUUAUACUUUUUAACUCACAAAAAAAAAAAACUCUACCAGUUUGUACAUUUAAG